GAGCUCACCAACAGUAACAAGCUCAAGUGAAAUAGAGGAAGGGAGUGGAACAUAAAAUGUCAAACCACUACUGGCUUGACACAAGAUGGGCUCUCUAUUAAGUAUGUCAAUGGCCAUACAACUUUGAUGUUAGCUGUAAUUUAUUUACUCUUAAUGUAUACGUUGAUAUUCGUUUUUGUAUUUCUAUACGGCAACGAUGGACUCUAAAGUAAUGGACUUAAUAGACGAAUUUAUGGAGAGUGCGUUGGUGCGUUGGGUUCAGCUCUUUGAAAGUGUUGUCCCAAAGGAAGCCGAUGGCAUUCGUCUUUAUAGUCAGUACAUGGAGGUCAACUCCAACUCCCAGAAUUCCCAGGACCACUACCUGAGACUGACCAAUGGGAUCUUUCUGAAUGAGGUCAUGAGGGUCAUUGACCCUAACCCCAAGAUGGAACACCUGUACCACAGCCAGAACCACGACCAGAUGCUCUGCGUCCAGAACUUCUCCAUCCUCAACAGACAUCUUAGAGCUUACUACCAGGAAGACUUACAGCAGUUGAUUUUAAUGCCUCUGCCAAAUAUCGCUAUUUUGGGGCAGGACCCCCUAACUGAGGCAGCAGUAGAGGAGUUGAGGAGACUGCUGCUGCUGCUACUUGGCUGUGCUGUGCAGUGUGAGAACAAAGAAACAUUCAUACAACAGAUCCAGUCCCUGGAUAUUGAGACUCAAACAGCCAUCGCCACCUGUAUUCAAGAGGUCACCCAGGACCCCCGGAUGGUGCUGCCCCUGCAGUGGGAGGAGCUAGGAGGGCUGGAUGGGGCGGAGCUACAGGUGCUGUUUGUCUCCAUGGCCAGACAGAUACAAGAGUUGCUGACGCAGAGAGACACUCACCUGGAGAGGAUAGCAGUGCUGUGUAGGGAGCGGGAAACGCCGGCGGGGACUGACACGGCGGCUCCAGGUGGUCACAUAGAGGAAGUACCCCAGGGCCUGGCAGUCCAGCUGGCAGACAGCAGGGCUAAGCUACGCCGACUCAAACAAGAGCUGGAAGACAAAGGUGACCAACUAAUGGAUUACCAACAGGAGGUCCACGCUACGGAGGACCAGCUUAAGAAACUGCAGAAGGAGAACCGCUCCCUGAACAGCGAGGUUCGUGGCAUGCGAGCGCUGCGUGACGAGCUGGACUGCCUCCGUGAGCGAGCGGGCCGAGCCGAACAGCUUCAGACGGAGCUUCAGAGCAGCAAACACAGGCUCCGGAGCCUGGACCUCACCCGCACGCAGCUCAAGGAGCAACAGCAGCUGUGUGUGGCGCUGCAGGAGACUCGGGCCCUGCUGGAGGAGCAGCUAUCGGACGCCCGCGCUCGCUGCUCCUGCCUACGGGAGCUGGAGAGGGACAAUCUACUGCUGCGCCAGAGACUCAUGGACAUGGAAGGGGAGCGGGAUACAGAGAGGCAGAGAGUCGAUGAACUGUUGGAGAUGAACAUGGGACUGGAGGCUGAGCUUCGCCACAAUCACAACAACAUCUGCAGCCAAGGACCAAUGAGGCUCGCUCGACAUUUCCACCAAUCAGAGGAUGUGGAAUCUGACGAGGAGCCAAGCCAAAUGAGUCAAUCAGAUGAAAUGAUCGGUCUGUCAGCCGACUUGAAGCCGCUGAGUGUGGAAGUGGGGGAGGCCUCUUCGCUGAGGCUGCUGGGAGCCGAGAAGGAGAACGCAGAGCUGAGGAGGCGUCUGGAGAACCUACAGGCUGAGCAGGAGGAGGCUGAUUCACUGGACGUGAAGGGAGAGCUGGCCAGUUUGGAGGCAGAGCAUAGGAACACACUGAGGGAGUUUCAGAAUGUGAAAAACGAGAACGCAACCUUGAAACAACGUUUGGACCUUUUGACGAAAAAACAGCAACACCAAGAAGAGAAGGAAGAGCAAGUGGAGCAAGUGGCCGUGGUGGAGAAGGAAGAGAGGGAGGGAAAGAUGAAGAGAGGAGUCCUCGGGUCCGAGUCUUCCAGGGGAGAGGGGGAGGGAACGGGGCAACGAGUGGAGGAGGACGAGAGAGGCGCAGACGUCAUGACGACCCAGAGGGAAGCUGGCGUCGGGGAGGAGAUUGGCCACGUGAAAAAGACAGAGGGUGAGGAAGAGGAGGAGGCGGUGAGGCCCCAAACACGAGGAGAAGCAGAGGGACAGAAGGAAAAAGAGAGAGCGUCAAAAGAGACAACGAACGCUCCGAGCGGGACUGAAGAAGACCUUGGGAAAGGAGACACCAUGAGAGAUCAGACACCUCCCACUAGUUCUACCUCCUCUACCCCCAAAAUGGUGGAGACGAAGGAAGAGAAGAAAGAGAAGAUAGAGGAACAUCCUGACAGGCCUACAUGUUCCCUUCCUGGUCCUGACGUGGAGCACCUGUCCUCCCAGCUCCACGACGCCCAGGAGGAGGCUGAGAGGCAGGCCACAUUAGCCCAGGACCUGCGCACCAAACUGGGGGAGCAGAGCAGGAAAGCCUGGGAGGCCGAGCAGAGACUGGUGCUCCUGGAGGCCGAGGGGCAGAGGCUGAGGAAGGCCGCGGAGAACCUGGGGGAGGCCAGGAGACAAAUAGAGGUGCUGCAGUCGGAGGGUCUGCACAUGGAGGAGGAGCUGUGUCGUCUGCGCAGCCAGACGGAGCUCCAGAGGAUGCAGGCCAGCGUCAUUGCCACGCUGGAGAGCGAGCGAGCCGCCCUGGAGAGAGAGAGGGAGACGCUCCGCGGCUCCAUGGACACGCUGCGCGGCGCCCAGCGCAAGGGCGACCAACUGGAGCUGACUAUCCAAUCACUGAGGACGGAGCUGGAGCGCCAGGGGAGGAGCCUGGAAGCCUCACGGCGCCGGGAGGAGCAGCUGGAGGCGGAGCUACGAGAGUCUGCCUUGGAAGCAGAAUCGCUGGGCCGGGGGCGGGACCAGGCGCUGUUGGAGGCCUCACGGUUGGAGCAGGAGAAGGAGGCAUGUCAGAGCGAUCUGGACAGCCAACGGAAAGAGCAGAGGCAGAGGGAGAGGGAGGCGGCCAGACUGAGACAACAACUACAGAGCACUGCCUCCGCCCUGGAGCAUAGCAACCAGAGAGCCUGCAGCCUGGAGACUGAACACAGACGUGUGUGUCAAGAGCUGUCUCAGUCUAAGGAGAUCUGUACUCAGCUGCAAGACCUGGAAAAGGAGCUUGGCUCUCGACUGAAUAGCCUGGAAAAGGACAACAUGGAGCUUAAGGAGCAAAACACAGAGGCUCAAGCAAAGAUGAACACUCUGACUGAGGAACAGGCCAAUGAGAAGGCACACAUGAAGGAAUUGUCCAAUGAAGUUGCAAGACUGAACCAGGAACUGGGAAGAAUGGAGGGAGAAUUAAUAACAGCAACUGACGCUCUCCUCCGAUCAGAAAAGAGAAAAGGAAGCUCAGAAGUCGAUGCUAUCCCCCUGGGCCAGACUUCUCAAGGCCUCUCUCUCACACACACACCGUCAGAACCACACGCACAUCCUCACUCACUGCAAGCCGUCUCCAGUGAGCAGGCUGAGGAGGACCAGUCUGAACCCAGCCAGGGUUGCCACCUUUCAGCCCACUUGAAUGCAGGAGCGGAGAAGGCGAACUGGCCUGUGAACGGACGACUCAUAGACCUAGAAAGAGAGAAUGCAGCUGUGUGUGCUGAGCGCAUGGUGCUGCUCUCCCAGCUGUCCCAGUCCCAGUCAGCGUCCAGUCAUCUGAGGGAGCAGGUGGACAGCCUGCACAGACACUCAGUGAGCCUGCAAGACACCUGCACCCAGCUGCAGACAGUCAACACUCAGCUACAGGUGGAGCAGGCGUCUCUGAGCUCCCAGCAUGCAGCGCUGUUGGCGAGGUGCAGCGAGAGCGAGGCCAGGUGUGCCACCUUGGAGGCGGAGGCAAAGGUGUGGUCCAGGGAGCGGGAGGAAUCAUUGGCCAGGAUGGAGGGUACGAGGCGGGACCACGAGCGAAUGACAGCUCUGCAGCAGAGGCAGGAGGCGGAGCUAGAGGAGCUGCUGGAGAAACAGCGGCUGCUGAAGACCAGCAACCGUAACCUGGAGACACAGCACAGAGAUCUGGAGGGGAGGUAUCAGGAGCUUCUUGAGGGAAAAGCCCAACUGGAGGAGAAAGAAAAAGAGAUGAUGAUGGAGAGAGAGAAGAUGGAUGGAGAGAUCCAGAAGCAAGCAGAGAGAGAAAGAGAACUAGGGAGACUGAAAGAAGAGAACGAGAGGCUGCGGGGCCAGCAGAGGGAGGGGGCCCAGGCCCAGACAGAGCUGCUGGCCCAGGGCAGUGUCCUGCGAGGGGAGCUGAGUGCUGCCCAGCUGGAGAGGACCCGUCUGGAGGGAGAGAUCAGCACCCUGAGGGAGAACAACCAGAGUCUGGAUCUGUUUAACGUCCGCCUCAACAGCCAGUACCAGUUACUGACUCAACUGAAGGGGAACAUGGAAGAGGAGAACCGCCACCUGGUGGAGCAGAACCAGGUUCUGUCCAAGGACAACCGAGCUCUGCUGGAACAGAGUCUAGAGCGCCGAGACCAACACCACUCUCAGCAGAGAGAAUGCGAGGAGAAGCUGAGCGAGCUGCGGAGAGAGAAGCAGAAGCUGGUGGAGAAGAUCAUGGAUCAGUAUAGAGUUCUAGAGCCUGGUGUCCCUGUGCUCAGCAAGGCCAAGAAGUCCAACUGGAUAGCAGACAGGAUGAAGAAGCUGAUCAAGCCUAAAGGUGGAGGAGCAGGGAGGGAGGGCCGUGCUUUGUACUACGCUGCUGGGAGUGUGGAGAACCUGGCAGACAGUGUGGAAGACGCACACUCCGCUCAGCCUGACCCCCGCAGUGCACCAGGCUCCCCCUCCCCCCUCCGGAGGGUUCCCUCUCAACCUGAGUCUGACGCGGAAGCAGGAGGAGGUGACACCGGCACCAGGGUGCGUUCAUCCAUGGGACGCCGCAAACUGGGCUCCCGCCACGGGUGGGGGCUGGGCCUGGGGAGGGGGGCGGGGGGAGCGUCUCAGUCCUUCAGCGUCGGAGACCAGAAGACCCCGCCCCGCCUGCGCCUACGCUCCACCAACACCGGCUCCACUGUCAUCUGGGAGGGAGACAACAGCCCGCUGGCCUCGUCCCCCAGGAAGGACACACCCAGCACCAGUCAGGAGAACCUGACAGAGGAGGGAGGGAAAGAAGUUAAGCCUAAUGAUGAAAAACCGACAGAGUGAGAGUGCAAACAACUGUUUGCAUGAUCUGCAGAUACCGUGAUUAUUUCCACAUAUCACCUUCUCCAAACGCAUGGGAUCCACAUACACACAGGGAUUUGAAGAAACCAUUCACAUGUGGAUGAACAUUGCCUGACGCAGUAUUUUGAAUGCACUUGAAAUAAACAUUUUGUACUCUGUGAUUACCGAGAUCGUCCCCUCGUUUCAGAAAUGGCAGUUAUGUGAAUAAUGCUGCUCUUCUUAACAAUGGGACUGCAAGCCGAGUUGGUACAGUAUAGUAAACAAAUGAAAUAUAAAUCUAACAGUAGAAUAUUUUGCUACACCUUGGGUGAUGUUCCUCCCCAUCUUCCUUGUCCAACAUACGUCAGUGUACAUCUUCAUAUCCACACAUACGCACACAACCAUGUGCAGAUUUCUCUCUCAAAUGAAGUUCAUUAUGCAUUGAGAAUCCACUUUGACAAGAUGACGUUGCAUGUAUCCAAGACAAAGGGCACGUCCCCCUUUCAUGGUGAGAUGACGAGAUAAAGAGGGAUGGAUUGAAGAGGAGGAGUUGGAGUGACAUGGAAGAUAAAAGCGGAGAGAGCCUUAUUUUGGCCCCCCAUCGCUGGUGAAUUAUGAUUCACAGAUGACAAAUGGAACGCUAAUACAAUUCAUGAAUUAUGUAGUUGUCAUGGUAACAUUCAUCAAAACUCGACCCAUCUCCAUACAAAGUGUUUGUGAAAUUGAGAUGCAGUGAAUUUGGCUGUGCAUGCGUGUGUUUCUGAGUAAAGGGGAUGGAGGAUAUUGUUGCUGCCAUUCAAAGUAGGCAGCAAUCAGACACCUACAUACAGAGUUCAAAAUGAUGUAUGACUCUUGGGGGGCCUCCUAAAAUGUUAUCAUCAAAACUUCAGAAAACUAUUUGGGUAUCCUGGAAUUUGAACAUUUUGAACAAUCACAUAAGAUGACUAUACUUGAGAUUCCCUCCUGAAAAUGUUGCCAUAUCAAGCCCUACUGACGUAUAACAAAUGAAAAACAUCUGUUUUGUGAGAUUA